AUGAGGGGGGACUUACCAGGGAAUCAGUCACUCAUGAUCGGUGAGAACUUUCCCCAGACCAGUGUCCGUCGCAAUCUGGCGAGCAGAACUUCCUUGUCGACAAAAAGCAAACCGGUGCAAAUGAUGUCAAUGAAAAGGGACCUUCAAGUCUUCCACAUUGAGGAGCUGCAAACCAUAGGCCUUCAACUCCACUAUCAAAAUCGUGACCUCAGCCUGCUUUUGCUGCUGCCAGAAGAUGUGAAUGGCCUGGAACAGCUGGAAAGAGCCAUCACUUAUGAGAAACUGAAUGAGUGGACCAGCGCAGACAUGAUGGACACCUUGGAAGUGCAGCUGUACCUCCCGAAGUUCAAGCUAGAGGAGAGUUAUGAUCUCAAGCCAGCCCUGAGCAGUAUGGGGAUGACUGAUGCUUUUAGCCAGGGAGAAGCUGAUUUCUCAAACAUGUCUUCAGAGAGAAACCUAUUUUUGUCCAAUGUUUUCCACAAGACCUUUGUGGAAAUAAAUGAAGAAGGCACAGAGGCUGCAGCUGGCACUGGAAGUGAGGUCAGUGUUCGAAUUAAGACACCUUCCAUUGAAUUCAAUGCAGAUCAUCCAUUCCUUUUCUUCAUCAGACACAACAAAACCAAUACCAUCCUCUUUUAUGGAAGAUUCUGCUCCCCCUAA